AUGAGUUACGAAGAGCCUGCUAUACACAACGACCAAGAAAGCGUGAUUGGAACCAACGCUAAGGACUCGAGUGACGCCGCCUACAUCACCAUCGGCCGCACCCGUGUGCCUAUUGAGGAUGUCCUCACUGCCUACGCCGGUACUUUGAACCCCGGUAUUGCCGCCCCUUCGACCCAUAGAUUCGCCAACCCGACCCCCGUUGGUCUAGGUGGCUUUGCCAUGACCACCUUUUGUCUGUCGAUUGCCAAUUUCCAGGGCUUUGGCAUCAAACUGCCUAACGCAAUUGUUCCCCUUGCCGUCUUCUAUGGGGGUCUUACCCAGCUUUUGGCAGGCAUGUGGGAGAUUGCCGUCGAGAAUACCUUUGGUGCUGUCGCUCUCUCUGGAUACGGCUCCUUCUGGCUUUCGUGGGCUUGCAUCAACAUUCCGUGGUUCGGAGUUUCUCAGGCUUAUGCCGCUGUUGACGAUGGCCCACGUAUGAUGCAGAAGUUUGUCGGUUUUUACUUGCUUGCCUGGUGCAUCUUCACCACCGGUAUGUGCGUCUGUACCGUCAAAUCUACCCUCGCCUUCUUCGCCAUGUUCUUCCUUCUUUCGGUAACUUUCCUUCUUUUGGCCAUCGGCGAGCUGUGUCCUUCCGAGGGUGCCACAAAGGCCGGAGGUAUCGUAGGUAUUAUUGUGGGUGUUAUUGCCUGGUACAAUACAUUUGCUGGUGUGGCCACCAAGGAGAACUCAUAUAUCACGGUCCGCCCCAUCUACUUACCAGGCAGUGCUGGCUUUACCAAGCUCAAAUCCGCUUGA